GCUUCUGCUUGCUUGCCGGAACGACCGUGUAGGGCUGCUGCAUCCCUGUCCUUGUCCAGGAGGGCCGUCUGGUGGUGCCUUACCCCCAUGACCCUUCCCUCCCCCCCUGACCCUUCCUGUCCCUCCUCCGUGCCUCCUCCCUGCCCCCCGCCCCCUGCUCAGGCUGUCCUCCCAGGCGGGUGUGUUCGUGCCGGUGGGCCCUCUGGCGCUGGAGGCACUGGGCUGGGCGGACCUGCGCCGGCCCCCGGGCGGGGGAGGUGGCAAGGGCCGGGGCGGCGCCUCCUCAUCCGCGGUGUCUGGCGGCUGCCCCGACCUGACGCUGCAGCUGCGGCUGGGCAAGUCACUGCUGCGGUCGCCCGCGUGCCAGGAGGAGGUGGUUACGCAGGUCCUGGAGGUGCUGACCGAGCACCUAGCCGCCUGGUCCACCAGCAUCGCCUUCCCCGAGCUGGCGCACGUGCCGCUGCUGCAGCUGCGCAAGUUCGUCAAGGGAUGUCCGGUGGACCGCUUCCGGCGGGCGGCGAGGCAGCUGGCGGAGGCGGUGCAGCGCAACGUGGCAUGGGUGGGCAGCCGGAGGGAUAGGGCGGAGUUCGGGCCCAAGGACACGGCCAAGGUGCAGGCCUUCCUGCAGGAAGAGCGCGAGGCGGGUCGUGCGCCGCUGCAGCAGUUCGCGGCGGCCAUGGCGCAACGGGCGGCGCAGCGGGCAGCGGCACGGCGCACGGAUGAGGUGGAGCUGGGCGGGGGGGCGGGCAAGCGAGCUGCUGCCAAACGCGGUAGGGAGGACGAGGACGAGGAGGAGGUUUCGGAGGAGGAGGGGGUGGAGGAGGGAAGCAGCGAGUUGGAGGAGGAGGAGGAGGAGGCGACCAAGGGGCGGAAGGGCAAGGGCAAGGGUGCGGAUGGGGAGGAGAAGGAGGGCAAGGGGGCGAAGAGGCAGCGAGCUGGCAUGGAGGUGGAGAUGGAUGGGGAUGGCGGAGUGGAUUUGUUGGAGGAUUAUGUGUUGAGUAGCGACGAUGAGGAGGAUGACGUCAUUGAGGGUGGGAGCGAGGGAGAGGAGGAGGAUGGGGAGGGGGGCGAGAGCGAGGAGGAGGAGGAAGGGGACAGCGAGGAGGAAGGGGAGGAGGAGAGCGAGGAAGAUGGAAGCGGGCCGGGGAUGAGUGAGGAG